CCGGGUUUUCUAAAAAAGCAGGGAGCGGAGCCUCUCUGCGGACGCAGAAGGAGGGAGCUGGGGAGGAAAAGGCUGCUGCCCUUUGCACUGGAGAGUCGUGGGCAAGGCUUCUCCUUUUCCCGGGCUGCUUCCACGCCCGGCUGAGGGGCGCCCGAGCGGACAGAGCCGGGAAGAUGGAGCAGACGUGGGCAAGAGAUUAUUUUGCAGAGGAUGAUGGGGAGAUGGUACCCAGAACAAGUCAUGCAGCAGCUUUCCUUAGUGACACUAAAGAUCGAGGCCCUCCAGGGCAGCCACAGGCCUGGCGAAGUGGUGAGAAGGUCCCCUUUGGACAGACACAUUAUCUGAGGGCAUUUGAAAAAGCCCCUCGGGUGCAGACCCAGGCUCUUCGAGACUUUGAGAAGCACCUCAAUGACCUGAAGAAGGAGAACUUCAGCCUCAAGCUGCGCAUCUACUUCCUGGAGGAGCGUAUGCAGCAGAAGUAUGAGGCCAGCCGGGAGGACGUCUACAAGCGGAACAUCGAGCUGAAGGUUGAAGUGGAGAGCCUGAAACGAGAACUCCAGGACAAGAAACAGCAUUUGGAUAAAACUUGUGCGGAUGUGGAGAAUCUAAACAGCCACAAUGAAGCUGAGCUCCGGCGCCAGUUUGAGGAGAGACAGCAGGAGACACAGCACGUUUAUGAGCUGCUGGAGAAUAAGAUUCAGCUUCUGCAGGAGGAAUCCAGGCUAGCAAAGGAUGAAGCUGCGCGGAUGGCAGCUCUGGUGGAAGCAGAGAAAGAGUGUAACCUGGAGCUCUCAGAGAAACUGAAGGCCGUCACCAAGGACAGGGAAGAUGUCCCAGGUGACCGGGCCAAGCCCGACCAAUACACUGAGACCCUGGCCCAGAGGGACAGACAAAUUGAAGAACUGAGUCAGAACCUGGCUGCCCAGGAGAAGCUAGUAGAACAGCUCUCUCUAGAGAAACAACAACUACUGCAUCUGCUGGAGGAGCCAACUAGCAUGGAAGUGCAGCCCAUGACUGAAGAGUUAUCCAAACAACAGAAGCUGAGUUCAGAUGAGACCGUUAUAACUCAACAGUCUGUAUCAGAUUCCCACAUAGCAGAACUCCAGGAAAAAAUCCAGCAAACAGAGGCCACCAACAAGAUUCUUCAAGAGAAGCUGAAUGAAAUGAGCUGUGAACUAAAGUCUGCUCAGGAGACAUCUCAGAAACAAGAUGGUACAAUUCAAAGCCUCAAGGAAACUCUGAAAAGCAAGGAAAAUGAGGCCGAGGAGUUGUACCAGGUGAUCGAGGGUCAAAAUGACACAAUGGCGAAUCUUCGAGAAAUGCUGCAUGAAAGCCAGCUUGGACAGCUCCAUAGCUCAGAGGGUACUUCUCCAGCUCAGCAACAGGUGGCUCUGCUUGACCUUCAGAGUGCUUUAUUCUGCAGCCAGCUUGAAAUCCAGAAGCUCCAGAGGGCCGUACGCCAGAAAGAACGCCAGCUGGCUGACGCCAAGCGAUGUGUGCAGUUUGUCGAGGCCACAGCCCAUGAGGGAGAACAGCAGAAAGAGGCUUCUUGGAAACAUAACCAGGAAUUGCGAAAAGCCUUGCGGCAGCUACAAGGAGAAUUGCAGAAUAAGAGCCAACAGCUUCAUACCCUGGAGGCUGAAAAAUGCAAUGAGAUUCGAACUCAGGAGCAACACAUUCAGCACCUAACCCAUAGCCUGAGUCACAAAGAGCAGCUGCUUCAGGAAUUUCAGGAGCUCCUGCAGUAUCGAGAUAACUCAGACAAAACUCUUGAAGCAAAUGAAAUGUUACUUGAGAAACUGCGGCAGCGAAUACAAGACAGAGAUGUUGCUCUAGAGCGGGCUAUAGAUGAAAAGUUCUCCACUCUAGAAGAAAAAGAACAAGAGCUGCGGCAACUUCGUCUUGCCGUGAGAGAGCGCGAUCUGGACUUAGAGAGGCUGCGCGGGAUCCUCUCCUCAAAUGAAGCUACCAUGCAGAGUAUGGAGAGUCUCCUGAGGGCCAAAGGCCUGGAAGUGGAACAGUUGACUGCUACCUGUCAAAACCUGCAAUGGCUGAAAGAAGAAAUGGAAACCAAAUUUAGCCAUUGGCAGAAGGAACAAGAAAGUAUCAUUCAGCAGUUACAGACAUCUCUGCAUGACAGGAACAAAGAAGUGGAGGAUGUUAGUGCAACGUUACUCUGCAAACUCGGACCAGGGCACAGUGAGAUAGCUGAGGAGCUGUGCCAGCGUCUACAGCGAAAGGAAAGGAUGCUGCAGGACCUUCUAAGUGAUCGAAACAAACAAGUGGUGGAACAUGAACUGGAGGUUCAGGGCCUGCUUCAGUCCAUGAGCACCAGGGAGCAGCAGAGCCAGGCUGCCGCAGAGAAGAUGGUGCAAGCUCUAAUGGAAAGAAAUUCAGAAUUGCAGGCCCUGCGCCAAUAUUUAGGAGGGAAAGACUUCACGUUGUCCCAAGCACUCCUCUCUAAACAACCAGCUAAAGUUACCUCCAUCAGCCCCCACCUGGGAGAGCAGACGGAUCAAGGUUCAAUGCAUAUACCCUCCAGAGAUGAUAGUAAUUCAUUGACUGCCAAAGGGGAUACCAGCAUACCCAAGUCCUCAUUAGUUUUAGGAGACUUGGACACAGUUGCGGGGCUGGAAAGAGAACUGAGUAAUGCCAAAGAGGAGAUGGAACUCAUGGCUAAAAAAGAGAGAGAGAGUCGGAUGGAGCUUUCUGCUCUGCAGUCCAUGGUGGCCGUGCAAGAGGAAGAGCUGCAGGUGCAGGCUGCUGAUAUGGAGUCCCUGACCAGGAACAUGCAGAUUAAAGAAGACCUCAUAAAGGACCUGCAAAUGCAACUGGUUGAUCCUGAAGACAUACCAGCUAUGGACCGCCUGACUCAAGAAGUCUUACUUCUUCGGGAAAAAGUUGCUUUGGUGGAAUCACAAGGUCAAGAAGCUUUAGGAAACCGAAGACAACAAUUGCUGCUGAUGCUGGAAGGACUGGUCGAUGAACGGAGUCGGCUCAACGAGGCCUUACAAGCAGAGAGACAGCUCUAUAGCAGUCUGGUGAAGUUCCACACCCAUCCCGACAGCUCUGAGAGAGACCGAACUCUGCAGGUGGAACUGGAAGGGGCCCAGGUGUUACGAGGUCGGCUCGAAGAGAUUCUUGGAAGAAGCCUGGAGCGUUUAAGCAGGCUGGAGACCCUGGCUGCCAAUGGAGGCGCAGCCGCAGGGGACGACACCGAGGAUGCGAGCACCGAGUUCACCGACAGUAUUGAGGAGGAGGCUGCACACCACAGCCACCAGCAACUCAUCAAGGCGGCUUUGGAGAAGAGCCUGGCAGCAGUGGAGACCCAGAGUGUGCCUGUCUCCCCUCCGUCCCCGCCAGGAGGGGAGAGCCCCCGGGGUCUUCAGGAGGAAAUGCUGCACCUCAGAGCGGAGAUCCACCGGCACCUGGAGGAGAAGAGGAGAGCUGAGGGGGAACUGAAAGAGCUGAAGGCUCAAAUUGAGGAAGCCGGGUUCUCCUCCGUGGCCCACAUCAGGAACACCAUGCUGAGCCUUUGCCUUGAGAAUGCAGAGCUGAAAGAGCAGAUGGGAGAAGCAAUGUCUGAUGGGUGGGAGGCCGAGGAGGAGGACAAGGAGAAGGGCGAGGCGAUGGUGGAGACUGCGGUGGCCAAAGGGGGUCUGAAUGAGAAGAGCCUCCAGGCUGAGUUCAGAAAGCUCCAGGGAAAGCUGAAGAAUGCCCACAACAUCAUCAGCCUCCUCAAAGAACAGCUGGUGCUGAGCAGCAAGGAAGGAAAUCGUAAACUUAAUCCCGAGCUCCUUGUGCACCUGGCCAGGGAGAUGGACGGAAUGAACGCAGAGCCGGUUUGUUCUCCUGGGAAGCACCAGUGCCAGGAAGAGGAGGACGUGAGUGUGAGGCCCCGCCCCAGACCCCGGAGCCUUGACCUUGGGGCUGCCCUUGCAGUGGAUGCCCACCAACUGGAUAACCAGGCCCAAGCACAUGACCCUGGGCCGCAUUCGGAAUUUAGCCUCCCAGGACCCACCAAGCACCUGCGUUCCCAGCUGGCACAAUGCAGACAGCGCUAUCAAGAUCUCCAGGAGAAGCUGCUGAUAUCGGAAGCCACUGUGUUUGCCCAGGCCAAUCAGCUGGAGAAAUACAGGGUCAUGUUCAGUGAGUCCUUGGUGAGGCAGGACAGCAAGCAGGUUCAGGUGGACCUCCAGGACCUGGGCUACGAGACCUGUGGCAGAAGUGAGAACGAGGCCGAGCGGGAGGAAAGCACCAGCCCCGAAUGUGAUGAGCACGACAGCCCCAGGAAGACAGGCCUCAUGGAGGGGGUGUGCUCUCAGCAGGAGCGCGUGGGCUGCCCCCUGGCCGGUCCCCCUGGGAAGAAGCCCUUGGAGAGCCAGCUGGGAAAGCAGGGGGAGUUCCAGGCAUAUGGGAAGUCGGAAGACAUCUCUGUCCUCCAUAAGGACAUCAAAGACCUGAAGGCCCAGCUGCAGGCUGCCCACAAGAUCAUUCAAAACCUCAAGAGUCGGGUCCGGUCUCUCUCCGUCACCAGUGAUUACUCAUCCAGUCUGGAGAGACCCCGCAAGCUAAAGGCUGUUGGCACCCUCGAGGGAUCGUCACCGCACAGUGUCACUGACGAGGAUGAGGGGUGGCUGUCUGAUGGCACUGGGGCCUUCUACCCCCCAGGGCUGCAGGCGAAAAAGGACCUGGAGAGCCUGCUCCAGAGAGUGUCCCAGCUGGAGGCCCAGCUCCCAAAAACCGGACUAGAAGGGAAGCUGGCCGAGGAGCUGCGGUCAGCCUCGUGGCCUGGGAAAUACGACUCCCUGAUUCAGGAUCAGGCCCGAGAACUAUCCUACCUGCGCCAGAAAAUACGAGAAGGGAGAGGUAUCUGUUAUCUUCUCACCCAGCAUGCAAAAGACACAGUAAAAUCCUUUGAGGACCUCCUGAGGAGCAAUGACAUUGACUACUACCUGGGGCAGAGCUUCCGGGAGCAGCUGGCCCAGGGCAGCCAGCUCACGGACAGGCUCGCCAGCAAACUCAGCACCAAAGAUCAUAAAAGUGAGAAAGAUCAAAGUGGACUUGAGCCGCUGGCCCUCAGGCUCAGCAGGGAGCUGCAGGAGAAGGAGAAGGUGAUCGAGGUCCUGCAGGCCAAGCUGGAUGCCCGGUCCCUCACGCCCUCCAGCAGCCACGCCUUGUCUGACUCCCACCGCUCCCCCAGCAGCUCCUCCCUCCUGUCUGAUGAGCUGGAAGCCUGCUCUGACAUGGACAUAGCCAGCGAGUACACCCACUAUGAAGAGAAGAAAGCUUCACCUGGUCACCCAGAUUCCAUCCAUCAUUCAAGUCAUUCUGCUGUACUGUCUUCUAAACCAUCAUCAACCACUGCACCUCAGGGGGUUAAGGCCAAACCCAGCAGCAACCCCAGCAGCUUGCCUGCUCCCCAGAACCCUGCCCGGGAGGCCAGCCAGGCCCAUCCAGGCCUCACUUUGUCCUCCAUGCCCACGCUGGUUAGCCUCCCCCAGGCACCGUUGCCCUCAGCUCCACCCAACCUGCCUUUCCGCUCCACUGGCCCCCCCCUCCUGGGCUGCUGUGAGGCACCCGCGGUGUCCCUGGCCGAGGCUCAGCAGGAGCUGCAGAUGCUGCAGAAGCAGCUGGGAGAAAGUGUCAGCACCGUCCAUCCUACCUCCCCAGCUACACUGCGGAGCAACCAUUCAGAAGCCAGCUUUUCCCACCACCUCCACCCUGCCCAGCCCCACUCUCCUCCGAGAGGCACCCUAGAACUGGGCAGAAUCCUGGAGCCGCGGUACCUGGGCAGCAGUGGCCCCUGGGAUAUGAUGAGGCCUCAGAAAGGGAGCGUAUCUGGGGACCUCUCCUCAGGCUCCUCCGUGUGCCAGCUGAACGCCAAGCCCACAGGGGCUGACCUGCUGGAGGAGCAUCUUGGUGAAAUCCGGAGCCUGCGCCAGCGCCUGGAGGAGUCCAUCUGCAUCAACGACCGCCUGCGGGAGCAGCUGGAACACCGGCUCAGCUCCACUGCCCGCGGAAGCGGAUCCACCUCUAACUUCUACAGUCAGGGCCUGGAGUCCGCACCCCAGCUGCACAACGAGAACAGAGUCCUUAGGGAAGAAAACCGCAGCCUUCAGGCUCAGCUGAGUCACAUAUCCAGAGAGCAUUCCCAGGAAACAGAGAGCCUGAGGGAGGCUCUGCGGGCCGCGAGGUCCCGGCUUCAAGAGCUGGAGAUGGAGCUGGAGCACCAGAAGGUGGACCGGCAGCAGCUUUUGGAAGACUUGAAGGAGAAGCAGCAGGAGAUCUUGCAUUUCCAGGAGGAACGACUGUCCCUCCAGGAGAAAGACUCCAGGCUGCAGUGGAAGCUGGGCCUCCUGCAGCAGCAGUACGAGGAGAAACAGCAGCUCUUCCAGACCCUGCAGUCGGAGCUGCAGAUCUACGAGGCACUUCAUGGCAGCUCCAAGACGGAGCUGAAAGCUUAUACCUGGGAUACCUGCCACCAGGUCCCUUUGAGUAGUGACUUGAGCCACCUGGUGGCAGAGAUCCGAGCCUUGAGGGCGCAGCUGGAGCAGAGCAUCCAGGUGAACAACAGUCUGCGACUGCAGCUGGAGCAGCAGCUGGACGGUGGUGCCGGCAAAGCCAGCCUCGGCCCCGCCUCCAUCAGCCAGACCUCGCCGGCCAACACUGACCCUGGAGACAGGCAGCUGCUCUUUCAAGAUUCAGCUGCCUCCCCUCCAGUUCGGGAUGUCGGCAUGAAGCCAGCGCCGGGCUUCGCCAGCCCCGCUCCCGCUGCUCCUGGUGCAGACCCGGCCAUCUUCAGUGGGACUGAUGCGCUGGGUUUUGAUGCUUCUCCAGUGACGACCCCUCCAAAGCUGGAGGGGGAUGCUGCUGACGGCUCCUUUGCCAAUAAGCAUGGCCGCCACGUGGUUGGCCACAUUGAUGACUACAGCGCCCUCAGGCAGCAGAUCGGAGAAGGCAAGCUGUUGGUCAAGAAGAUCGCAUCUGUCGUGAGAUCAGCCUGCAGCUGCCCUGGCCUUGAAGCUCGGGGCACAGAGGUGCUCCGUGGCGAAGCCGUCCGUGAACUGGGGAGCAGUGCCAGCGCCCUGCGCCACGUGCUGGAGGAGUCGGCCUCCCUCCUCUCCAUGUUCUGGAGAGCGGCCUUGCCGAGCUCCCAUGGCAAAGUGGGAGAGUCCAUGAAAAGGGAACUUCUGGAACUGAGAGCCAAGCUGUCCAGACAGGAGAGUCUCCUUCAGAGCACAGCUGGGCGCCUGAGGACCACCAGCCAGCAGAAGGAGAGCUUGGAGCAGUUCGUCUUCAGCCAGUUGACCAGGACACAUGACGUUUUGAAGAAGGCAAGGACUAAUCUGGAGAAGACCACUUCCAAGAUUGCCUCUGUAAAGCCUUAUUCCUGCCCCAGCAAAGGUGAAAUCCCUCCGGGCUCUGCCGUGCACGCCAGUCUUGUGACCCUUGCCUUCCAGGAGCCAUGCAAGAAGCGAAGCCACCAGAGGUCCUUAAAGCAGCAGGAAGGCUGGGCCUGCCCCCCUUUUGUGCAACUUCCUAUCUGCUGA